ACUCGGUGUGCCCUCCGCGGACCGGGCGACCCAGUGUGCAGCUAGAGCCUUACUCUCUGCCCAGCUGACCCCGCGCCGAGCCCCGGCGGCUCGGGCCGCGGCCGCACACAGCGCCACGCGUCGAGAGCGCAGGUCCCGAAGACCCGCCUCAGUGACAGCAUGAGUCGCACCGCCUAUACAGUGGGAGCGCUGCUUCUCCUCUUGGGGACCCUGCUGCCAGCUGCUGAAGGGAAAAAGAAAGGGUCCCAAGGAGCCAUCCCCCCGCCAGACAAAGCUCAGCAUAACGACUCGGAACAGACUCAGUCUCCCCAGCAGCCAGGCUCCAGGAACCGGGGGCGGGGCCAAGGGCGAGGCACAGCCAUGCCAGGGGAGGAGGUGCUGGAGUCCAGCCAGGAGGCCCUGCACGUGACAGAGCGCAAAUACCUGAAGCGAGACUGGUGCAAAACCCAGCCGCUCAAGCAGACCAUCCACGAGGAGGGCUGCAACAGCCGCACUAUCAUCAACCGCUUCUGCUACGGUCAGUGCAACUCCUUCUACAUCCCCAGACACAUCCGGAAGGAGGAAGGCUCCUUUCAGUCCUGCUCCUUCUGCAAGCCCAAGAAAUUCACCACCAUGAUGGUCACUCUCAACUGCCCUGAACUACAGCCACCUACCAAGAAGAAGAGGGUCACUCGUGUGAAGCAGUGUCGGUGCAUAUCCAUCGAUUUGGAUUAAGCCAGGUAUACCCAGUCUGCCCUAGGGAUGCAAUCCCAGGCAGGCCCAGAGCCAGAC